AUGCAUCUUUUUAUGCAUCACCAUCAUGGAAAAAGUUUCUACAUGAUCAAGAGAAGUUCAUGUGGAGUUUACUUAAUAGACUUCGCAUGUUACAAGCCUCCGGAUGCUCAAAAGUGCACAAAACAGUUCAUGCUCGACAAAGCAAAGCACAGUGGAUAUUUCUCAGAAGAAACUGUGUAUUUCAUGAGGAAGGUUCUAGGCAAAUCAGGAAUUGGUGACUCGACCUAUUUAGCAGAGGUAUACCUGGCAAAUAUUCCUGACCCCUGCAUGAAAGAAUCAAGAAGGGAAAUGGAAUUGUCUGUUUUUGGAUCGAUAGACAUGUUGUUGGCUAAAACAGGGGUACGAUGUGAUGACAUUGGGAUACUGGUUGUGAAUUGUUGUAUUUAUAACACUAUGCCAUCUCUUUCUAGCAUGAUAGUGAACAAAUAUAAGCUUAAAGAAAGCAUCAUCAGCUAUAAUGUUGUUGGUAUGGGAUGCAGUGCAGGACUCAUGGCAAUAGGACUUGCAGAACAGCUCCUUCAGGUGCAUCAUGACUCCUAUGCGUUGGUGAUGAGUACAGAGAGCAUUACCGAGAACUGUUACCUUGGAGACGAUCGUUCCAAGUUCCUUACCAACUGCCUGUUCCGCGUCGGCGGAGCGGCGAUCCUCCUCUCAAAUCGUCCUUCUGAUCACAACAAUUGCAAAUACAAACUCCUCCACACUGUACACACCAACGAAUCGAGUUCGGACAGGUCGUACAACUGCAUCGUUCAGGAAGAAGACGACGCCGGGAGAAGAGGCAUCACUGUUAAUAAAGACCUCUUCAAUGCCGCAUCCACCGUCGUCAAAUCAAACGUAACCGCGCUAGGUAAGCUAAUCCUUCCGGUGUCAGAAAACUCAUGUACCUAA